GAGUUACUUUGAAGAUUUUAUUUUUUUAGAAAAUGUAGCUCGAAGAAGUCAAUAAAUACCUGAUUUAAUGCGCAGAUAUUAGUUAUUUAACAUAACUAAAAUAAAGUAUCGAAUGCCAUUGAAAUAAUUCUUCAUUCCGAUGAAAAUAAGGCCCACAACGGCAUGAAAAAGUUGAAACGAAAUAUUCUUUUCCACAGCUGUUCUUUUAUUUGUUGACAAAUACAUUUGAGGUCAGAGUACAAGAGACAUCAAAUGCUGGCAAUCAGGGACAGUAACUCUUAGUUUGUGCACUGACUGAGUAGCAGAUACAGGAAUCAUGUUGUACAUUUUUCAUGUUGAUACUGGUACCAUGAUGACCUUUGACAUGAACCUUGCAAUGGAAAAGGUCAUUAAUUUGCAAGGAGUGAUAGCAAGGGGUUGUCGAAUAUCAGAGGAUAAACAGGUGCUUCUUAUAAGUGGUGGAGAAAGUCUCGACCCUAAUGCUGUUGUUGGAAAAUACCAUGCAGGAACGGACACCAACCCAAUAUUUUUGUUUAGCAAAAGUACCAUCGAAAGUGCUAUACCUCCAUCACCAAGUGUUAAUUAUGGAUCAGACAUAGAUCUACAAGGUCAAGUUGAAGGUUCACUUUUGAUGCCACCAGCUUAUGAGACAGUUGUAUCAAGGGCUCAGCUUGCUUUG